GAGACUACAAAGAAUGCCUUCGACGUUGUUCACCUCACCCUGUGAAUGCCAUACUGCAUCCACAUGCCAUGAGCUGAUCUCCCCUGUCCCUUCUCCUAACAGCCAUUGAUCUACAGUCAGUCCCGCCAUGCCUGUCACGCAAUUCAACACUCCAGAAAAAUACAAGUACCACACCGGAUUCGCUUGCUACCACGAGAGCGAAGCCGUCGAAGGCGCUCUGCCCAUUGCUGCGAACAACCCACAGAAGCCCCCUUAUGGACUGUACAACGAGAAGCUGUCCGGCACAGCCUUUACCGCGCCUCGCCACGAGAACCAGCAGUCAUGGCUCUAUCGCAUCCUACCAGCCAGCGCACACGCUCCAUUCCAGCCUCGCGAAAGCGCGACGUAUGAUCUGAACCCAGGCGGAUUAAGAGAUGCCAAGUGGCACCAGAUUCCGAAUCAACUUCGAUGGGAUCCAUUCGAUAUCGAUGAGACAGUCGAUUGGAUUCAUGGCAUGCGACUUGUUGCAGGCGCAGGAGACCCGACCGUUAAGAGUGGCAUAGGAAUCAUCAUAUAUGCAGCAGGAAAGGACAUGGACGAGAAACAUGCCUUCUACAGUGCCGAUGGUGAUCUCCUGAUUGUGCCUCAGCAUGGAGCACUGGACAUUCAGACUGAGUUUGGCAAGAUUCUGGUCAGGCCCAACGAGAUAUGUGUGAUUCCAAGAGGAAUUCGACACCGAGUCUCUCUGCCAGACGGGCCAGUACGAGGCUAUCUCCUCGAGCUGUACCAAGGCCACUUUCAGCUGCCCGAGCUGGGACCUAUUGGAUCAAAUGGUUUAGCGAAUGCUCGAGAUUUCCAGGCGCCUGUAGCUCAUUUCGACGAAGAUACCGACAGCGAGCACACCCUCUUCGCCAAGUUCGCUGGCACACUCUUCGCCGCAACGCAGAAUCACACACCUUUUGAUGUGGUUGCAUGGCACGGCACCUACUAUCCAUACAAAUACGAUCUGGGCAGAUUCAACGUAAUCGGCACUAUCUCAUAUGACCAUCCCGAUCCGAGCAUAUUUACAGUCCUGACUGCACCAUCUGACCAUGCUGGAACCGCCAUUGCAGACUUCGUCAUCUUCCCACCCCGAUGGCUAGUUGCAGAAAACACAUUCCGCCCUCCGUGGUACCACCGGAACACUAUGUCUGAGUUCAUGGGACUUAUUCAUGGACAAUACGAUGCAAAGACUGGCGGUGGCUUCCAACCUGCUGGAGCAUCGCUACACAAUGUAAUGAGUGCUCACGGACCUGAUGCAUCCACACACGAAAAAGCCAGCAACCUUGAUCUGAAGCCUGCCAAGGUCGGGGACAACAGUAUGGCUUUCAUGUUUGAGUCGAGCUUAAUGGUCGGUGUCACGGAGUGGGGUCUCAAACAGAGCGGGAAAGUGCAGACAGACUACAAUGCCGAAUCGUGGGAACCUUUGAAGCCGCAUUUCAAGAGGCCGACGCCGGCGAAGAUUGUCAACGCGCAGUCAAAUGGCACCAACGCCGGGCAAGCAGACAAGCUUGCACAACCGCACUAUGCAUAGGAGACUUCAUGACAUUAAAUCUCGUAUCUUAGCGCGGUAAUCGAAGAGCAUUCUGAACGAG